AUGUCCCGUUUUUCCCGUCCCGCAAAGGCAACACCCCCGUUCAACGCCAAGCGAUUCAUAAAAUACUCAAUGAUGUGUUUGUCGCAGCAGGGGCUGAACGGCAAACUGGCGACACACACGCUGCGGAAAACCUUCGCGCAACGGCUCUAUCAGCAGUGUAACGACAUCUAUCUUGUCCGGGAACUGCUCGGACACAAAAACGUCGUUACCACGCAAGCCUAUAUCGGCAUCAACUAUGUCUCGGCGCAAGAUGCUGUAGAAGCGAUGUCGUUGGAUGCCGAGGAUACCCCGCGCGAUCCGCUUGAUGCCUUUCCACCCGAACAACUCAUCGCGAAAGUCAUCGCACUCGGCUAUGAAGUUAGACUCAGAACAGAGAAAUAA